UAUUGCCCCUUUCCCGGUGCGGGACACAGUUGAGAGAAAGAGUGUCAGGCCCGGGUGUUCUGUGUCCUUCCCCGGAGGAGGGACGAGGCGGACUUGACUCUUGGGCGCUAAGCCCAGGAGGGAGCCCCGGAGGCCGGCGUCCCUCUUGUCCUGCUAACCUCACGAUCUUCCCGUCUUCUACACCCGCCGCCACCUGGACAGCUCCGGACAGACUGCCUGGGCAGAGGUGGCGAUCUCGGCCACCGGGGCCGUGGCGAGGUCGCGGCCCUUGGGGCGGCGGUAGCGGCGUCAGCACUGGGGAGGAGGACGAGGGAAGAUGGCGUCGGAGCUAGAGCCGGAGGUGCCGGCAAUCGACCAGAGUUUGCUGGAAUGUUCGGCUGAGGAGACCGCGGGGAAAUGGCUGCAAUCAACUGACCUCACUAGAGAAGUCUACCAGCAUUUAGCUCACUAUGUACCCAAAAUCUACUGCAGGGGUCCCAACCCUUUUCCACAGAAAGAAGACAUGCUGGCACAGCAUGUUUUGUUGGGACCUUUGGAAUGGUACCUUUGUGGUGAAGAUCCUGCAUUUGGAUUUCCAAAACUUGAACAAGCAAACAAACCUUCUCAUCUUUGUGGUCGUGUUUUUAAAGUAGGAGAGCCUACAUACUCUUGCAGAGACUGUGCAGUUGAUCCUACUUGUGUUUUAUGCAUGGAGUGCUUUUUGGGAAGUAUUCACAGAGACCAUCGAUAUAGGAUGACAACAUCAGGAGGUGGAGGUUUCUGUGACUGUGGAGACACUGAAGCUUGGAAAGAGGGUCCUUACUGUGAAAAACAUGAACUUAACACCUCUGAAACUGAGGAGGAAGAGGAUCCUCUUGUUCAUUUACCAGAAGAUGUGGUAGCAAGAACUUACAACAUUUUUGCUAUUAUGUUUCAUUAUGCAGUAGAGAUAUUAACUUGGGAAAAAGAAAGUGAAUUGCCAGCAGAUUUAGAGAUGGUAGAGAAGAGUGAUACUUACUAUUGCAUGCUGUUUAAUGAUGAGGUUCAUACCUAUGAACAAGUUAUUUAUACUCUUCAGAAAGCUGUUAACUGUACACAAAAAGAAGCCAUUGGCUUUGCAACUACAGUAGAUCGAGAUGGACGUAGGUCUGUUCGAUAUGGAGACUUCCAGUAUUGUGAGCAAGCAAAAUCAGUAAUUGUGAGAAAUACCAGUAGACAGACAAAGCCACUUAAAGUUCAAGUUAUGCAUUCAUCUAUUGUCGCGCAUCAGAAUUUUGGUUUGAAACUUUUGUCUUGGCUGGGAAGCAUUAUUGGAUAUUCAGAUGGUCUUCGCCGAAUUUUAUGCCAAGUUGGUUUACAAGAAGGGCCAGAUGGUGAAAACUCUUCUCUCGUGGAUAGAUUGAUGCUUAAUGAUUCCAAAUUGUGGAAAGGUGCUAGGAGUGUGUAUCAUCAGUUGUUCAUGAGCAGUCUGCUUAUGGAUUUGAAAUACAAGAAACUGUUUGCUGUUCGAUUUGCAAAGAAUUACCAGCAGUUGCAGAGAGAUUUUAUGGAGGAUGAUCACGAGCGAGCAGUGUCCGUGACUGCUCUGUCUGUCCAGUUCUUCACCGCACCUACUCUGGCUCGGAUGCUCAUCACAGAAGAAAACCUGCUGACCAUUAUCAUUAAGACUUUUAUGGAUCAUUUGAGACAUCGCGAUGCCCAGGGCAGAUUUCAGUUUGAACGGUAUACUGCUUUACAAGCCUUCAAAUUUAGAAGAGUUCAGAGCCUUAUAUUAGACCUCAAGUAUGUGUUGAUUAGCAAACCAACGGAAUGGUCAGAUGAUCUGAGGCAGAAAUUCCUAGAAGGAUUUGAUGCCUUUUUGGAAUUACUCAAAUGUAUGCAGGGAAUGGAUCCAAUUACACGUCAAGUUGGACAGCACAUUGAAAUGGAACCAGAGUGGGAAGCAGCCUUCACAUUGCAGAUGAAAUUAACACAUGUUAUUUCAAUGAUGCAGGACUGGUGUGCUUUAGAUGAAAAAGUGUUAAUUGAAGCUUACAAGAAAUGCCUUGCUGUGCUGAUGCAGUGUCAUGGUGGUUUUACUGAUGGUGAACAGCCAAUCACAUUAAGCAUUUGUGGACAUUCAGUGGAAACUAUCAGAUACUGUGUUUCUCAAGAAAAAGUUAGCAUUCACCUCCCAGUUUCCCGCUUACUUGCAGGUUUGCAUGUAUUAUUAAGCAAAAGUGAAGUGGCGUAUAAAUUUCCAGAGCUCCUACCUCUAAGUGAACUUAGCCCACCCAUGCUGAUAGAACAUCCUCUUAGAUGUCUUGUUUUAUGUGCCCAAGUACAUGCAGGAAUGUGGAGAAGAAAUGGAUUCUCUCUAGUAAAUCAGAUUUAUUACUACCAUAAUGUGAAAUGCAGACGUGAAAUGUUUGACAAGGAUAUAAUAAUGCUCCAGACAGGUGUCUCUAUGAUGGAUCCAAAUCAUUUCCUGAUGAUAAUGCUCAGCCGCUUUGAACUUUAUCAGAUUUUCAGUACUCCAGACUAUGGGAAAAGACUUAAUUCUGAGAUGACCCAUAAGGAUGUAGUUCAGCAAAACAAUACUCUAAUAGAAGAAAUGCUGUACCUCAUUAUAAUGCUGGUUGGAGAGAGAUUUACUCCAGGAGUUGGACAGGUAAAUGCUACAGAUGAAAUUAAGAGAGAGAUAAUCCAUCAAUUGAGCAUCAAACCUAUGGCUCAUAGUGAAUUGGUAAAGUCUUUACCUGAAGAUGAGAACAAGGAGACUGGCAUGGAGAGUGUCAUUGAAGCAGUUGCCCAUUUCAAGAAACCUGGAUUAACAGGAAAAGGCAUGUAUGAACUGAAACCAGAGUGUGCCAAAGAGUUCAAUUUGUAUUUCUAUCACUUUUCAAGGGCAGAGCAGUCCAAGGCAGAGGAAGCUCAACGGAAAUUGAAAAGACAAAAUAGAGAAGAUACAGCACUUCCACCUCCAAUUUUGCCUCCAUUUUGCCCUCUCUUUGCAAGCCUGGUUAACAUUUUGCAGUCAGACGUCAUGUUGUGCAUCAUGAGAACAAUACUGCAGUGGGCUGUGGAACAUAAUGGAUAUGCCUGGUCUGAGUCCAUGCUGCAAAGGGUGUUACAUUUAAUUGGAAUGGCACUACAAGAAGAAAAACAGCAUUUGGAGAAUGUCAUGGAAGAGCAUGUAGUAACAUUUACCUUCACUCAGAAGAUAUCAAAGCCUGGUGAAGCACCAAACAACUCUCCUAGCAUAUUAGCAAUGCUGGAAACAUUGCAGAACGCUCCCUACCUAGAAGUCCACAAAGAUAUGAUUAGGUGGAUAUUAAAGACUUUUAAUGCUAUUAAGAAAAUGAGGGAGAGUUCAUCCACCAGUCCUGUGGCCGAGGCGGAAGGAACCAUAACAGAAGAGAGUUCAAGAGACAAAGACAAAGCUGAGAGGAAGAGAAAAGCCGAGAUUGCCAGGCUGCGCAGAGAAAAGAUCAUGGCCCAGAUGUCCGAGAUGCAGCGGCACUUUAUUGAUGAAAACAAAGAACUCUUCCAACAGACAUUAGGACUCGAUGCCUCUAACUCUGCUGUUCUUGAUAAUAGCCCUAUGGUUUCAGAUGUGACACUUAUGGCUUUGGGUCCAGCACAAACUCAAGUCCCUAAACAGAGACAAUUUGUUACCUGUAUAUUGUGUCAAGAAGAGCAAGAGGUAAAGGUGGAAAGCAAGGCAAUGGUCCUAGCAGCAUUUGUUCAAAGGUCAACUGUAUUAUCAAAAAACAGAAAUAAAGUCAUUCAGGAUCCAGAAAAAUAUGAUCCACUAUUCAUGCACCCUGAUCUGUCUUGUGGAACACACACUGGUAGCUGUGGACACAUUAUGCAUGCCCAUUGUUGGCAAAGGUAUUUUGAUUCCGUUCAAGCUAAAGAACAGCGAAGGCAACAGAGAUUACGCUUACAUACAAGCUAUGAUGUAGAAAAUGGAGAAUUCCUUUGUCCUCUUUGUGAGUGCUUGAGUAACACUGUUAUUCCUCUGCUGCUUCCCCCAAGAAAUGUUUUUAACAACAGGUUAAAUUUUUCAGAUCAACCAAAUCUUACUCAGUGGAUUAGAACCGUAUCUCAGCAAAUAAAAGCAUUACAGAUUCUUAGGAAAGAAGAAAGUAUUCCUAACAUUGCUUCUUCAAAGAACUCCAAAAAUAUGGAUAAAUUACAGCUCCCUGAAGGAUUUAGGCCUGACUUUCAUCCUAAGAACCCAUAUUCUGACAGCAUAAAGGAAAUGCUAACAACAUUUGGAACUGCUAUUUACAAGGUGGGACUAAAGGUUCAUCCCAAUGAAGAGGAUCCCCGUGUGCCCCUAAUGUGUUGGGGUAGUUGUGCAUACACCAUCCAAAGCAUAGAAAGAAUUUUAAGUGAUGAAGAUAAACCAUUAUUUGGUCCUUUGCCUUGCAGACUGGAUGACUGUCUUAGGUCACUAACUAGAUUCGCUGCAGCACAUUGGACAGUGGCAUUACUUUCAGUGGUGCAAGGACACUUUUGUAAACUUUUUGCGUCGUUGGUGCCUGAUGACAAUUAUGGAGACCUUCCAUGCAUAUUAGAUAUUGACAUGUUUCAUUUAUUGGUGGGCUUGGUGCUUGCUCUCCCUGCAUUGCAUUGUCAGGAUUUUUCAGGGAUCAGCCUUGGCACUGGAGACCUCCAUGUUUUCCACCUGGUUACCAUGGCACACAUCAUACAGAUCCUACUUACCUCGUGUACAGAAGCAAAUGGCAUGGAUCAAGAAACUCCUGCUGGUGAAGAAGAAUUAGCAGUUCUUGCUUUGUAUAAAACACUUCGCCAGUGUACAGGAAGUGCCUUGAAAGAAACACCCUCUGGCUGGCAUCUCUGGAGGAGCGUCCGAGCUGGAAUCAUGCCUUUUCUGAGGUGCUCUGCUUUGUUUUUUCAUUACUUAAAUGGAGUUCCCGCACCGCCUGAAAUUCAAGUUUCUGGAACGAGGCAUUUUGAACUUCUCUGCAACUACCUUUCCCUACCAAACAACCUCAUUUCCCUUUUUCAAGAAAAUAGUGAGAUAACAAAACUACUGAUUGAAAGUUGGUGUCAGAACAUUGAAGUUAAGAGAUAUCUGGAAGGUGAAAGAGAUGCUAUCAGCUAUCCAAGAGAAUCUAACAAAUUAAUAGGCCUUCCAGAGGAUUACAGCAGCCUCAUUAAUCAAGCAUCUAAUUUCUCGUGCCCCAAAUCAGGCGGUGAUAAGAGCCGAGCCCCAACUCUGUGCCUUGUGUGUGGAACUUUGCUGUGCUCCCAGAGCUACUGCUGUCAGACUGAACUGGAAGGGGAGGAUGUGGGAGCUUGCACGGCUCACACCUACUCCUGUGGUUCUGGAGUGGGCAUCUUCCUGAGAGUACGGGAAUGUCAGGUGCUAUUUUUAGCCGGCAAAACCAAAGGCUGUUUUUAUUCUCCUCCUUACCUUGAUGACUAUGGAGAGACUGACCAGGGGCUCAGACGGGGAAAUCCUUUACAUUUGUGCAAAGAGCGAUUUAAGAAGAUUCAGAAGCUCUGGCACCAGCACAGUAUCACAGAGGAAAUUGGACACGCACAGGAAGCAAAUCAGACACUGGUUGGCGUUGACUGGCAACAUUUAUAAUCACUGCGCUACCAAAAACAUAAACUUGGAUUUUUGUAACUUAGCAGCUUUUCAAGAAAGAAUAGGAAAUAAGUUCUACUGGAUUUGGAAAUAAAUUCUUUAGUUAAGCUUUUCUUCCCAGUUUUAUUUUUAUAGUCUCUGGCUCCAUGGGCUGAUGAAAAUCAUCUUCCGUCAGCAUAUUUUCUUGCACUGUUUGCUGUUUCCCUCAAACAUAACUUCUUGUGAGGAGCUUCUCUUCCUAAGCUGGACACAGCCCCACUGCGAGCGUGACUGCAGCUGACCGUUCCAGUAGUCUGAGCCACGGUACGUUACCGAUCACAGGGCACUCGGGCCUGAAGCUGAUUCACCAGCAGGAGGAAGCAGUCUCUGUAAUGUAUCUGGGUCACAUUUCCUGGUUCCUCUCGGUGAUUCUCAGCAUGGACUGGGUCAGUGUCCCCUCUGCUGACAGGACCCUACCUCUGAGAACAGAGCAGCGGAUUUGGAAAGCAGCAUUCCCUCACCUGCGUCAGCUGAGGGAGGACAGCGGGCAGCUGUGCCUGAGGAACCCCUGGGAGGAAGGGGAGAAGGUUGUUGCUUCGAAUGCUGGGUACUUUUCAGAGCUGUGGAAGGUUGGAAUUUUUUUCUUUUUUUCUUUUUCGGCAAGACUUCUGGCUUUGAGAGAAAAAACUCAUUUUAAAGGGCUUUUUGAAAACAGAGUAUCCUAAUUUUUCAGAUAAUAUAUUCUCUUAUUUCUAAGACUAAAUGGAAGAGUUUAUGCAUCUAGAAUCAAACACUGGCCAAAAACAAAAACCGUGUUUUGAGGUUCCCACACCCCCAUCCCUACUCGCAUUUCGUGGAAUAGAUGGAUUGCUGUUGACCUGCCGGCUCACUUAGCGCAUUCCUGGGGACAGCCUGUAUGCCCAGGCUUUUUAUUCUUUUUAAACAUUAUUGUUUUUACUAAUAUUACAACUAUUAGAUUGUAACUAAUAGAUUAUAACUAUUAAGUACCACACAGCCGCUCUGGUUUUUGAUGUACAUGUGCUAAGAGCUUGAAUACGCACAGAGAGUGAUGGCAGAUUUAGUGGAGGAAUAAAUUCAGAGGCUCUUGGAUUUUUUUCAGCCAAUGCCAGUAACCCUUUCACUCGGUGUUUUUCUUUGAACUGUGUCUAAAAGUUCCUUUGCACUUGACUUUGUACACUCAACAGUGUGCCCAGAAAGAAGAUCAGAAAUCCAGACCUCAGGCUAAAAUAAGCGGGGAUGCAGAAGCUGCAUUCACUGUUUCCCCUCCGAGGUAGUUUUCUGAAAGGAUGACCGUGACCCCUCUUGCUUGGGACUGGCUCACCCAGCUGAGAGGAGGUGUCUCUCACCCUAUAGGAAGAAAAUCCAAAUUAAAGUGCAGUGCCUCCCCCCACCCUUUUCUGGCCUUUUCUCCAUUAGUAAGAUCUGGCAGUUAGGGCUGUGGGUGCAUAAUUAUUUUAAUGUCACAUCCCUGUUCCUUUAGCUUUUAAUUUCAGCUUCUCUUGGCUUUUCUCAAUAAUGUUCACCAGGAUUAAAUCUAAAAUGAUAAAGACCAGGUCUCUCCCUCAUAAAGGUAUUGUGGACAUUUUCAUCAAGUCAACCAUUUUCCAGCUUUCGGGACAGACAUCACAGAAGCCUGUUGUUAGCAGAGGGUGUCCCUGGAUUUCAUUCUCUAAGAAUGUCAGAGUCUGACAGAAGAUAAAUUUAGAAGAUGAAAUAAUGUUUGCAUCAUUAAGCUAAUUGUCUUCCCUACCUAACGAAUCAUCUUACGAUCUUUAUGAUUUGUUCCGCAUGUAUUAUGUUUAUUGUGGAAAUGUUUAUGUAACAUGCUUUCCAUAUCAGGGAAAAUCAUAUCUGUUUAAUAAAUUGGCUAUAACUAAUAUCUGUGGAAAACUUGUAAAAUUUGGGAUGUAUCAUAUGUAAAGAGUUUAAAGAUAUCCAAAUAAA